UGUGGUAAAUCUUUCACAUGUACUAAUUAUCUUUGCAGGCAUGAAAGCAGUCAUACUGGAGAGAAACCCUUUAAAUGCACUCUAUGUGGUAAAGCCUUCCCCUAUACCACUGAUCUCAUAGGGCAUAAAAGAACACACGCAGGAGAGAAGCCUUACAAAUGUAAUCAAUGUGGUAAAGCCUUUGCAAAAAACAGUCACCUCAUAAGCCAUAGAAGAAAACAUACUGGAGAGAAACCUUAUGAAUGUCACCAGUGUGGUAAAGCCUUUGCACGAAACAGUCAUCUCAUAAGGCAUAAAAGAACACACACUGGAGAGAAACCUUACGAAUGUAAUGAGUGUGGCAAAGCCUUUGCAGAAAACAGUCAUCUCAUAAGCCAUAAAAGAACACACACUGGAGAGAAAUCUUAUGAAUGUGACGAGUGUGGUAAAGCCUUUGCACAAAACAGUCAUCUCAUAAGCCAUAAAAGAACACACACUGGAGAGAAACCUUAUGAAUGUAACCAGUGUGGUAAAGCCUUUGCACAAAACAGUCAUCUCAUAAGCCAUAAAAGAACACACACUGGAGAGAAACCUUAUGAAUGUAACCAGUGUGGUAAAGCCUUUGCACAAAACAGUGCUCUCAUAAGCCAUAAAAGAAUACAUACUGGAGAAAAACCUUAUGAAUGUAACCAGUGUGGUAAAGCCUUUGCACUAAACAGUCAUCUCAUAAGCCAUAAAAGAACACACACUGGAGAGAAACCUUAUGAAUGUAACCAGUGUGGUAAAGCCUUUGCACAAAGCAGUGCUCUCAUAAGACAUAAAAGAACACAUACUGGAAAGAAACCUUAUAAAUGUACCCAAUAUGAUAAAGCCUUUUCACAGCAGAGUAGUCUCCGAAAACAGGAAAAGACACACAGUGGAGAGAAGCUUGGUGAGGGUAAUUAGUGUGAUAAAGCCUUUGCAUGUAACAAUCAUCUCCUAAUACAUAAAAUAACACAUACUGGAAAGAUGUCUGACUGUAACCAAUGUGAAAAAAUCAAGCUGGAGCAGAUCAAGCUGGAGCAGAUUAAUGAAUUAACCACUGCCCUUGAAAGAAACCAUAGAUGUAGGUUGUAUCAAUGA